AUUUGCUCUAUAAUAGAUGAUUAUGAGGCUGAAGGCACCAUUAUAUCAAAACAAUAUGGUGUCAAGAAUACUCAAAAUCCCAAAAAACAGGCUGUGCUUCUUGGUAUCACCUCCACAGUUAUGCCAAUUCUUUUAACUAAAUAUCUAGACUUGUUGGCUUUAGAUUCUACUGGCCAUCAUAACAGCUUAAACUUCCCAAAUACAGCUUUCAUGGUUAGAUCAGAUGAACCUUGUGGUCGAGUCAUAGCAACAUUUAUAAGUGAUAAGGAAACAAUACUGGUUGUCGAUCUUAUGUUUGAGUCA